UCUUCCUCGUGUUUUGCUUUUGCUCGCGAGCCGCUGCAAACCAGGAGCACAAGAGCUAAACGGCACCUCAUGCCGAACUAAAAUCUGGGCCAUCAUGGUGGUGAAGAAGAAGACUGUUAAAGUGGAAGCUGUAUCUCUUAAUAAGGAGAAACUAGACAAGCUUUUAGCAUCCCUCACGCUCUGUGAAUCAGAAGAUGGGGUUGGUCUGCUUGCCCAGACCCUGCAGUCUUGUCUGGAGCAGACCGACUCAGUGCAGCAGAUCCAGCUGAUUAAAAAGGCUGCAUCCCAGUUGGAGAAGUUAAAUGAAGGUAAACCUGGUGGUGUUUUAGAUGCUUGUCUGAACACGCUGGUUCUGAUGUUCUCCUCGCCGCAAGCCAAGAACCCCCUACGACGAGCCAUCACAAGCGCCUUGGGUUCUGUACCUGGCUGGCUUCGUGAGCGAACUGUGAACGAGUUCUCCACUUGUUUGUCUGACUGCUUUAGCAGCUCAUCUUCAGAUCAGUUUCCACAUGUCGUGGACACGAUCGCUGCCUGCCUGGAUGGCUUUCCACUUGGCGAAAGAUGCAUUAACAAUCUACUUCCUGAAGUGUUGCAGUUCUUCUCCAGGGUACUGAAUGAGUACCUCAACCAGAACAGUGCUCUUGCAGGCCGACACAUUGCCCAGGUGCAGUUGAUGCAGGCUUGCCUGGCUGCUGUGAAGACCUCCAUGCUGGUGCUUCAGAGAUCUCAGGACAGGCUGAGUGGAGCUCAGCAAAGUCACGACCAGCUGGAGGACACUCUGGGCAGCCUUCUGAGCUGCUACGUCCACAUCCUCACUGAUGAGGAGUUCAUCCAGUCCGUUCAGAGCACAACAGGCAUGGCGGUGGUGUUGCUGGCCAGGUCCGUCAUGGACCCUGGUGACCAGGUGGCUUCUGUGGUGUCCAGUUUGCUGCGCAGCUCCAUGCUGGGUUUGGAUUCAGCUCCUCUGUGGCUCCAGCAGAAAUGUCAGGUUCUGUGUUCCAGAGGCCGCUCUCCGUGUGUCUCUCUGUACUUGUGUCACGGCGCUCUGGCUAUGCUGAGUUGGAAGGGUGCCCUCCCAGGGCCGCAGUGGGAACGGCUGCUAUUGCUGGUCCCAGAGACGCUGCUGGACUUGGAUGUCAGUGUGAAGGAGUCCAGUACAGUGAUGGUGGUGGCUCGAGUUUUGACCCUGUGGAGUGGUGCUGCUCUGGACUGUCUCCAGGGAGACACUCGUCUUCUUCCCCCCAGCCUCCAGACGUCCCUCAGCCUGGGCUCUGAGCUGCAGCGACGCCUGCUGGAGCACAUUUACUCCCACUGGGAACAUCCCCUAGACGGUGUUCGCCAUCAGACUCGCUUCCUGUUCCGCAACCUCCUCCUCCUCCAUCAGCGCAGCAACCCUAGCGUUCCCGACCCGGCCAAGGAUCCUCACAUCAUAGAGCUUACCGCCAGUCUGCUGGGACUAGAGUGGCACAUGAGGGGCAAGUACGGCUCUUUGGGCUGCCUGGUGGAGCUCUACGGGGCGGAGCACCUGCUCCACAUGCAGCCCCAGCUGCCUUUGAGUCUCCUGAGCUUGAUGGACGACCAGACCCUGGCUCCUUACGCCAGCGACCUGCUGGAGAAGCUGUUCGUCAGCCACAAGGCGCAGCUUGAGAGCUCCUCGGUAAAGACGGAGGACUGGAUGGAGCGUUGGCACCAAACAUGGGUAUCCCCGCUGCUGCACACGCUUUGCCUCACAAGACCAGACCAGACGACUUACAUACUGGACUACUUCCUGCCCAAGCUGCUUCGCUGCAACCCCUCAAGUCUGGCACAGAUGGUGGAGGCCCUCCAGAGUGCACCACCCUGCAGAGCAGGUCCUUCAGGCAGCCGAGGGGCCGAGGGAGCCUUGAUGACGUGCCUACGAGCAGCGAGAUCCCAAGGAGUUCUAGCAUCCUCAGAUCUGUGGGGCGGACUGGUGCCGAUCUCCCUCAUACAGCGAGCUCUUCUCCACAAGCACGAUCAGGUCAGGAUUGAUGGCCUGGGUUUAGUGUGUGAGAACCAUCGCAGCACGGAGGUUGUGACCUCACUGGAAAUGGACCUAAUCCAUCACUUUCUCCCACCAAACCUGAGCAGUCAGUCCCCGGGAAUCAGAGAGCAGACAGUCAGCCUGUUGAAGAAGUUACUCUGCAGAGUGAGAGACAGCACUCAGCUGCUGCAGAAGAGGGGCCUUCAAGAGCGAGACCUCGAGCAGAAGGAGAAGGACCAACAGGUUCUGCGUCAGUACAAGGAGUUCCUGCGUCGGCUCUGUGCGAGUCUGCUGGAGGUGCUGCUUCCUGGAGCUUCUUUCUCAAAGUGCCUCAUGUCCCUGAAGCUGCUGGGUCUGCUGGGUCAGCUCUUUACCUUCACCUCUGGACCUGAUGUGUUUGCUCUUGGUGAGAUCGUGACCCCGGCACAUGCUCAGAACGUCCUCUACUGCGUGGCCAGCAACUUUCUGGAGGUCAAACAACUGGCCACAUCCUUACUGCAGCAGCUUCCUCCAUCAGCCGUUGGACUCCAGGUUCCAGAGAGGAUGCAGAGCGUCCUCCAGGCUGCUCUGGAUCUCAGCACCAGCACUAAACCCUUCGACAGCGUUACAGCCGCUCACCUCCUCAACCUGCUGCUCCGCCAGCCAGCGCUGAACCAGGCUCUGCUGCUGUGCGCUCAGAACCAGAGACUGGACCUUCAGAUCUCCUCCCCACCGGCCCAAGCGUCAGAGUCGCUCCUCUUAGAGCUCAACACUCUGGAUGUGGUUCGGUUCUUGCUGCUCUGUCUGCAGUCAGAAGUGUCCCGAGCAGAGUCGUCUCUUUUGCAGGCAGCUGCUUCCUUUCCUCUCUAUGGCAGAGCGUACUGCAUCACCGCUGUGCUGCAGCAUCUGGACACCCAGAGCUUGAGUCAGACUGAGCGCUGGAGAGGCCUGGUGUCAGAACUGAUCGCCGUGUGCUACAGAAUGUCUAACGUGGUGUCUCCUGUGGUCCAGAGCUCUUCUCCAGAGGGUCUCAUCCCCAUGGAUACCGACUCAGAGACUUCUGCAAGUCUGAAGAAGAUCCUGCAGGAGAUUCAGCCCAGAGACACCAAUGAGUUCUUCACCAGUUCUAGAGAGUUGGACACACACCGAGGAGAUGACCCGACCACACACACACCGUCUGUCAACACUGGCAGAGAAGACUACAGAGUGACGGCUCAGAUGGUGCUGGUGUGCUGCUGGCGGAGCAUGAAGGAAGUGGCCAUGCUGCUUGCUCACCUGUGCCAGAGCCUGCCGGUUGUCUACGCCGAUGAAGACGCACGUCCUGGACUCAUCACAGAGGAACAGGUGGAGGGGGUCGGCCUGUACUUGCGCCAGAAUCUCCUGCAGUCCCGGCACCGCGGCGCCUUUGAACUGGCCUAUGUGGGCUUUGUUUGUCUCACGGACAUGCUGUGCAGGAGUGGAAGCCGGGCCCUGCAGCAGCUUCCUGCCCAGUGGUUGUCCCAGGUUCUGGAAGAGGUGAAGUCCAGCGACCCGUCGUCGACGCUGUGUGCUACACGACGCAGCGCCGGAAUACCUUUCUACAUCCAGGCUCUGCUCUCCUCUGAGCCCAAGUCAUCCAGUUGCAGUCUGUUGAAGAUGACCAUGAGUCAGCUGAUUGCUCUGGCCACGCCCUCUGCUGACAGGACCACUGACAGCUCCACCGUUCAUCAGGUCCACGCCCUGAACAUCCUGAGGGCUCUGUACAGGGACACACGUCUGGGAGAGAACGUCAUUCCGUUUGUUGCAGAUGGGAUGCAGGCGGCUGUACUGGGUUUCACUUCUCCUGUCUGGGCGGUGAGGAACUCCUCCACUCUUCUCUUCAGCACGUUGAUCACAAGGAUCUUUGGUGUGAAGAGAGGCAAGGAUGAGCAAUCGAAGAAGAACAGGAUGACUGGUCGAGAGUUUUUCACUCGUUUUCCGGCUCUCUAUCCAUUCCUCCUGAACCAACUGGAGCAGGCUGCUGCCACGGUGGAAAGUGACAGCGGUCGGGUCAAGCUCCACCCCAGCCUGUUCCUGCUGCUGCUGGUGCUCAGUCGCCUCUACCCUUCUCCCAUGGACGGGUCCUCGUCUCCUCUGGGGCUCGCUCCUUUCAUACCUUUUAUCAUGAGAUGCAGCCGCUCCGCCGUCUGUCGGACCAGAGAAAUGGCAGCUCGGGCUUUAGUCCCCUUUGUGCUGGUCACCCAGGUCGCCUCGGUCGUCCUUUCCUUGCUGCAGGAACUCCCUGCAGAACCAGGACCCCAAGUCCAGCAUAACCAGGUCCACGGUACUUUACUGCAGGUGCUGUUUCUCCUACAGUCCUUCCAGACUGAGUCCCACAGACCCCUGCCAACAGGAAGUGGCAUUGCUGAAGCUCUUCAUCAGCGCAUGUGGCUCGCUUCUCGGCUGAAUAAAUGUGUGGUUACCAGAGGGGCCUUUUUAGAUGUGAUGAUGUGCCUUUGUGGGUCAAAAGCCAGCAUUUUGGAGGAUGCCGAGGUCAGCGCUCUACGUCAGAAGGUCGUUCCAGUCCUGAUGGCUUCUGAACUGGUCACCCCUGACUCUCCUGCCGUCCCUGGGCCUGGGACUGUCCAGUAUCUGCUCAGCCUGACUCAACUGGCCCUCAGCGCCAGCGUGGAGCUUCCAGAUCUGUGGCAGAGCGCUCAGCAGGUGAACGGGCUUCUGGAGCGUCUGCUGCUGAGUCCACAUUACGAGGUGAGGGAGGCGGCGGCUGAGAGCUUCCUGAGGAGCCUUAAAGAGGAGAAAGAUGACGUGAAGCAGAAGCCUCAGUGGCUGGAGAAGAUCAACGUGUCUAACCUGACCAGCAUGGCUCUUCAUGAGAAACACCCUCAGUGUUUAGCUAAGGUCCUGCAGGUGUUGUGUGUGUUGAGCUCCAGCGGCGAGCUCCAGUGGACGAAUGGAGGAAAGAUUUUGUCCCAACAGGAGGUCCUGCUGCACCUCCUUACUGUUGCUCAGAACUCUGUUCACAGCGUGGAGCUUCUCGCUGCCGCCCUGACUCUGGUCUCUCAGCUGCUGGUGGAGAUGGUGAACUCCGAUCCCCAGGCUGCGACGGCCUGUGUAACUCCAUGGGGGAAGCUGCUGUGCUUGUGCUGUGGUGAGGAGCAACCUGCACAGGUGAAGAUAAUUGUUGCCAAGGUGCUGGUCACCUGUGCAUCCGCUCUGAUGAUGAGUCCUUGCCUUCCACUCGGCCUGCCAGCUACAGUUUCACUGUGGAGGAGUCUCUUCGCUCUUCUGCAGGAUGAAGAUCAGGAAGUUCGAGAUGCUGCUUCUGACUUCACCUGUGCUGUGCCAGCUCACCUGAUUAGUACAGAGGGGAGAGGGAUGUCCAUUUGUCCUCCGGCAGCCUUGGACUUUGGUGUGGCGCUCCUGUGUCAGCUGUUUGAGCUGUGGGGGCAACUAGGAGCAGGACUGGUUGUCCUCACACAGUGGCUGCUGGGAGAGGAGGACGGCAGCAGUGAUGAAGAGGAGGACGAGGCGUCCAGUCUGGAUGAAGAGGACUUCUUGUUUGAGAAAGGCGAUCUGAACCUCUGGGCCGAGCUGCGUCUGUGGGUGAAUUUGCUCCACACACACCUCGGCUGCCUCAUUGUUAAAUUAAAACAGAGCAAAGACACUGGAGCCGUGGGGCCCGACCAAAUCCACCACAUUCGGACCCGGGCCCAGGCCAAAGCCGUGAGCUCCCAGCAGGCCCUGGACCGGCUCCCGGCACUGCCUCAGUUUUCCUGCACCAUGGAGCACGCCCGGCUGACGCUGCAGAGCCACAGAGCUGCGUUGGCUCUGGAGGUGCUGGAGAGCCUGAGCUGCAGCCGUUAAAGACGAGGACCGGCAAUGGUUUUAUUUUAAACGGAAGCAGUAGGGCUCUAGAUGGUUCAGUGAACUGCAACCAGGAGCUGUUUUAAUUAUUACAGAGGGGAAAGGGAACGUUAGUUUUAUACCUCGUUCUUGCUUUUAACUGUAAAAUGUACCUCUCAAAGAUCACGUGCUUGUUUUUUAAUAACAUAUUUUGUUUUUCCCCAAAUUAAAAAGACAUUAAAUGAAAA